AUGAAGCGUCCAUUAAGCCCUGACCACGUCUUUGAAGAUGGGAUUAUGAAUCAACCAGCUUUUCUACGGGGCUUUGAAGACAAAGGACUGAGGAAUGACAGAGCAGACUAUCAAUUAAGCAAAGAAAAAAAGCAGGUACUCUUUUCCUUCUGUGAAGUGUGCAAUAUACAGCUGAACUCUGCGGCGCAAGCUCAAGUUCAUUACAAUGGGAAGUCUCACCUGAAGAGAAUGAAGCAGCUAAAUAAUGGAAAGCUCCCGACAAGUACAGCUCCUGGCACUUUGUUUGCGAGUACAAGUACAGGUGCGACGUGUGGCACUACGACUCUGCCCACCCUUGUGCGCACACCUACCUUGAUGAUGCAGCCUUCCCUGGAUAUCAAACCCUUUGUGUCCUUCCCCGUGGACAGCAGUUCUGCUGUUGGAUUCUUCCCAAAUUUUAACACAGUAAGUAAAGGUGUUUCCACAUUUAAUGUGUUCUGUGUUAUGGAUCCUGUGCAAAAAGCAGUCAUAAACCAUACAUUUGGAGUGUCCAUUCCCCCAAAGAAGAAACAAGUUAUUUCCUGUAAUGUUUGCCAGCUUCGAUUUAACUCUGAUAGCCAGGCCGAGGCCCACUACAAAGGAAGUAAACAUGCCAAGAAGGUCAAAGCACUAGAGGCAACGAAAAAUAAACCAAAAGUGGGUGCUUCCAAGGACAGCGCAAAGGCUAACACAACCUGCUCCAGCACGCCAGUCACAGCCAACCUCUCUGACAAAUCAGAAGAUAAAGGGAAAGCAAAAACCAGUAGCGUGAGUCAGCAUUCCAGUACAGAAGUGGGUCCCUUUCUUCCCAAGCCUGGAGUGGCAGCAAUGGCACCUGUAGCACCUACACCGUCCUCCAAGAGCACAAAUGGAGCUCCUACCACAGCUUCCGAGUCAGAAGAGGAAAAAGCCAAAAAACUACUUUACUGUUCAUUAUGCAAAGUGGCUGUGAAUUCCCUGUCACAACUAGAAGCCCACAAUACAGGUUCCAAGCACAAGACGAUGGUUGAGGCUCGAAAUGGUGCUGGUCCCAUUAAGUCUUAUCCUAGGCCUGGAUCCCGGCUGAAGGUUCAGAAUGGCAGUAAAGGCUCAGGACUGCAGAACAAGACAUUUCAUUGUGAAAUCUGUGAUGUCCAUGUUAAUUCAGAAAUUCAGCUUAAACAGCAUAUUUCCAGCAGAAGGCAUAAGGACAGAGUUGCAGGAAAGCCUAUAAAACCUAAAUAUAGUCCUUACAACAAACUUCAGCGCAGCCCAAGUAUUUUAGCAGCAAAACUUGCAUUCCAGAAAGACAUGAUUAAGCCGCUGGCACCUGCUUUCCUUUCCUCUCCUCUUGCUGCAGCUGCAGCUGUAUCAUCAGCUCUGUCCCUUCCUCCUCGUCCUUCUGCCUCUCUGUUCCAGGCACCUGCAAUAGCCCCGGCGCUCCUAAGGCCAGGCCAUGGUCCCAUCCGUGCAACACCUGCCUCGAUCCUUUUUGCACCGUACUAA